UUUAAUCUUUUUCCCUCACGAAAUAUGAGUGGUAUGAAAGAAGCAACCGAUAUGUCUGUCUUUAUUGCCUUACUUAUGAGAGUGGCCAGAGCUUUUUUCCAAACGCAACAUAUUGUUGUCUUGGAUCAGCUCACUAGACAAGAAUCAAUAAGUGACGAAAACUUGGCAAAGGGUGUUGGGCUUAGUGUCAAAGAGAUCCACAGGCUUUGCGGAACGCUGAAAGAAGCACGCCUUAUCAGGGAGUUUGCCAGGACUGAACCUAAGAAAGCAGAGCAACGGGCGAUCUCUAGAACAUAUUAUUAUAUAGAUUGGCAGCAGGUCGUUAAUGUUAUUAAAUGGAAAAUCUUUCGAAUUCGAGAGAUGGUUCACGAACGAAUGAGAAAUGAAUUGGAGAACAAGGGCUAUCUGUGCCCAGGUUGUAAAAAAACGUUUGCGCCACUUGAAAUUCGAAAUUUGAUCGAUAUGACUCGUGGAGGAGCUUUUGUCUGUGAUUUAUGCCACACCGAAUUGAUUCACAACGACAAUGCUGAAAAUGUCAAAGGGACUGAAAAGCUUCAUGGAAGGUUUAUGGAGCAAAGUCAACCCCUCAUUGAUUUGUUAAAAGCCAUUGACAAAUUG